GUGUGUGGUAUAGACUUGAACAGCUGGUUACAACAGCUGACUCUUCUGUUCCCCCGAGACCCUAACAACCAAGAUGCCUUGAGGGGAACAGGAAGUUAGGCCCAGUUGCUAGGUAACAGGAGUGAGCCAUCUGCUCCAGCAGGGUAACCCUAAUACAGAGAAGUCAACAUGAUGGACUUUUACAAUUCUCCAGCUCUACAGAACCAUUAUAAUAGUAUGCAUCACCAGCAGGAAGAGCUGGAGGUGACCGACACUGACAGUACGGUCAAGGUUUACAGUGAACGUCCACAUCUGGUCAGUUUGGGCAGUGGUCGGCUGUCCACAGCUGUCACCAUAGUACCACUACAGGAAGGUCGCACAGAUAUCGGGACGGCAAACUGUGCCGUGAUGCCGGAUAUAGUGAUACAGGGUACAGGCAUUGAGGAUGAGCACUGCUAUAUCGACAACAUCUACGGAACGAUCACGCUGCACCCUAUAGCCAGGAUGUGUUCUAUAGAUGGAAAGAUCAUCACAGAGCCUACCAAACUGUCACAAGGUUGUAUGGUUUGUCUUGGGAGGUCUAACUACUUUCGGUUCAACCACCCGAAGGAAGCAAAGAAAAUCAAGGAUGCUCUCCCCAACUGUCGGAUCUCGUGUGCCCCCCUACACUUCCUACAAGAUCUGGAGGAUAAUCCGGAGUAUAUGCAGAUGAUGUCCAAUGCGGCCAGUAACCUCCAGCGGCGGUCAUCAUCGGGAUCUGACCGAUCCUACCCAGUCGGGUCUACAGACAGGAGCCAAUCUCUCCGAUCAGUCAGCCGCUCACCCAAAGACUCCAUCUCCGAAAGUAACGAACAGGAUGAUUUCAUGAACAAAGUCUGUAAGUUUGAGUUAAUCUCUCGCGGGAAGAAUUCUCCGACUGCUAAAUCACCAACUAACAAGUUUUUCUCGCCCGAACACGAUCGUUACGAUCCGUCUCAUUACGCUCAGUCGAAUGUUGCGUCGCCUACGUCCAGAUCUCCUCUUUCUAGGCAGUAUACGCCCGAGUCUGGAAAACCUGCUGGUUCUACUCCCUACCCGGCAAAGUCAAUGGAGCGUCAGAAAUCUCGACAGAGUCCGGGGACGUACUCCGGAGAGAAGGUAUUUAGUAAAGAGACAGCAACAACUCGUGUUGCUCUCAGUGUCUUACGGGGAAAUUCGGGCACAGGAAGUAACGAGCGCGUAACUAGUACAGGAAGUAACAGUUCCGGAUCACUGACUAGUGUGAGUAGUGUUAGUGGUGCUACUUUGAGUUGGAAUUCUAAUUCGGAUUCAUCAAAAUCCGAUGAAUCGUUGUCUAGCAAUAAGACUCUGCAUACUUCCUCAUCAGGAAGCACGACUCCUCGAAUGGACCAAUCAGUCAGCAGGACGCGCACACCUGACUCAGCUAGUGCGAAAGUUGCUAUGGCAACGAAUGCUGAGUCUCUAGCAGAAAGCAUUAUGAAUGGUGAACUACUCUCAUCAUAUAAUUCACAAAAGAAGCCAGAGUUUGACCCUGGCAGUGAAAGUAAUAGAAAUACAUUUGAUGGAAUGGACUUUGAUUUUAAUGAACUAACCUCAAGCCAGCAAGACUUGUCUAUCAAACAUCAAGAAAUGGUCUCCGAACGGAAAAAGGAACAGGAAAUGGAACGCCUAGAAAAACAGCGUUUAGAGGAAAUAUUGAACAUGUGUGCAGAAUAUGAGAAACAAAUUCAGGAUGAACAAGGAAACAAGAAUAGUGCGGUUUCUAGUGUGCAUGGUCAGACGAAACCGCCCCAGCUAAAACCGUGGACCAUGCAGGACUUCCUGGAAAACAACAACAAACCAAGUGAGUCGGUUGAUCACAGGGAGGGUAGCGUGACUCCCACUUCAUCUCCGAAUCAGACCACUCCAACGGCAAACGGAACAUUUAACUACACAUCACCUCCAAACUUUCCUGGAUCAAAUAAUGGACCAACUGUUUACCAAGGGCAGGUAACUCCAGGGAUUAAUGUAGAAUAUGGAUCGUAUGAGAAUAUGAUAGUUACCUCCCCUGUUAAGGGUGGAUCCCCAGCCAUGCAAAGUCCAUCAUAUAUACAAAGGCCUAGUCUACCAACAAUGUCGGGAUACGAAGGUCAAAAGGGUAGAGGUCAAGGUUCACCAAGGCAACAGGAUGUCAGAGUCAAUGGGUUUGCACAAAAUCAAAAUAUGCAAAAUUUAAAUCUGGAUGUUCGAGAAUUCAUCACAUCCUCACCAAAAACUGUUCUGGAAGAAACAAAACCUGUUUCUUCUAGUCCAAAAUAUGUGCCAGAGGAAAACAAAAUAAUAUCUCCCUCACAUAAAUUAGCGGCGGAGAAUCAACAGAAUGUUACCAGGUCUCCUAAAUCGCCGGGAAACAGCGGAGAGUUUAUUUACUCUCUAGCCAAGUCUGUGUCUGUCACAGGUAACAUGGGCUCCAACAUGGCCGGCGGUUUACAACAGUCGAAAUCUACAAACAAACCAAGCAAGUCACCAAAUAAUAACAACACCCAGGAGCUGAACUGGCAGUAUUCUGAUUCUAGUUCUCAACGACAAAUCAUAGAACCUCCUGCAGGAUUCGGGGACGCUCUUUCUGAUAGUUCCCAGGAGAAACAGAAUGCUUCCACACCAGAAAUCCAUCAAUUGAUUUCUGAAUCAGCUGCAACCUUGAAUCGUAAGGAGAAAGAACAAAAGAUAGCUCAAGCUUCUCAGAUACCCGGACAACAAAAUCAUGAUGAUUUAACUGCAGGAAAACCUGUACAGAGACCAAACCAGCUAUUGAACCUGACUGAUCAGGACGGAACAAACUCACUGGAUCGUAAAGAUAAGUCGGAAUUCCGUAGCUCAAUGUCAAAGAUCAAAACAAACGGAUCGCUUACGAUGUUAUCGUCACCAAACAACCCUCACAAAGAUGUCACGGUAGGAUUUCAGGUCCGACGGUGUAACUCGAAUUCCUCAAACUCAGAGGAAGAAUCAUCUGGAGGAAACUCGGAGGAUACCGGUACGAUAAAACGUCGCCCAUUGAUAGGUGGUGAACCAUUGAGGAGAAGAUCAAUUGAAGAGAGAAAUCGCAAUAAGAUUUCCCCAGAGGAACCUCUAAAAAGUCCACAUUUCUCACCCAUUAUGGGCAGUAGGAGCCCGAAAAUUGGACGGAGGAUGAUGCGUUAUGAAGAUCUACAGAAUCAAAGUGGCAAAGUGUCGAGUAGUGAGAGUCUCUCGUCUUCCAGUAAAAAAUCUGACGACAACUCAAGUGUUAAAAGUCGUAAAUCAAACAGCAAAGAAAAUGUUUCUUCUAAAAUGGAUGUUGUUCAUAUGCAAAAGUCUAGCCAAGAGGAUGUAUCCAUCAGUAAUUUAAAAAAUCAUGUGUCUCAUAACAGUUCUAUGGAUUCCGCGGAGAUAGAAAAGUCUAUCCGAAUGGAAAGGUGUGAAAUGUAUCUUCGUACUUCAGGAGGUCAAGGCCACAUGUCGGAUCAUUCUCAUGGUUAUUCAGGCUCCGAUAAAUAUUGUGAUAUGUCCGAACCUGGUCCUUUUCCAAGGGAUAUAGGCGAGGGGAUUUACGAAAAUGUGCCGUUUUAUCGUAACAAUGAGUCACGGAUUAUUACUGCAGAUUAUUCUGUGCCUUCCCCUGGGAUUACUGGUGAGAAUUAUUACUCUAAAGUCAGCUCCAGUGAUUCUAAUAUUGUGUCUUCCAUUCGGAACUCCUCGGGAUCUAACGGCAGUAGUAAAAAAUCGGAGGAAACACCGGUGAACAGCGACACAGAACACAUAUUGACACAGACACACGAUCGGGCGUCCUCCAGUGGUGUGGAGUCGUCUAGUGAAUGUAGCUUCAACUACACAGAGGAUGGUGACGCUCACCAACAACUAGAAAACCUGAAGAAGACAAAAUCAGAACUGCUUAAAAGAAUCACUGACCUCAAACAGCAGAUUGUGGAGAUAGAAAACCAGGAAAAUGAGGCCAUCAGAGAGUUGGAGAUGGAGCGUGCUCUGUUGGAGGGUGAACACCAGACCGAGAUGGAUGAACUACAGUCAGACCAGGACCGAAUCAACCUCCUCAAACAACGACAGGCUGAACUCAUUGAGCUGGCCACACAGGACCGCGAAAAGAUGAGAGUACAGGAGGAGAAUCGUAUGCAUGGUGAGCGUGAGAAACUUUUAGAACUGGAGCGUCACCACUACGACACGGAGCAGAUCCUAGAAACAUGUCGGAAAGAAGAGGAGGAGUCCUACCUGGAUCGCUUCCAACGGGAACAGGAAGUCCUAGACAACCAGAGACGUCUGUUUGAGGACCUGGAAUUUCAGCAGCUGGAGUCUGAGGCAAAGUUUGAGGAGGAAAAGGAACAGAUACAACGUAAACUGAUGAAAGGUCAAAAUGAACUUUUGGAAAAGUACAGGACAAGGGAGGGACGUCUACAGCAGAUCGACAACCAGCAAAAAGAGAUGCUGAGUAAUGUUAAGAGGGACAUGGAAACGAUGGAGCAACGACGCCAACAGCUCGUAGAGGAGUUCCGAAAGGACAAGAAACAGUUAGCUGGAGUGAUGAAGAAAAUUCAGGAAAUAUCACAGUUCUUGUCUGUUAGCGAUGUAGAUCAUGGCGGACGUUCGUCAGACAAUGAGACCGAGGAUAAACAGGAUUUGAAGAGUCCAGGCCAAAGUUCACUUCCAAAGACACCAACUCAUCGCUCAGUGGAUUUAUCUCCCUUGCUCACAUCUCAAAACUUGUCUCCCUUUCCGAACUCUUUAUCACAUUUACAAAUCACGCCAAAUACUAGUAACGGGAGCAACUACAGCACUGGGUCGUCCCCAACGGGGCUCACGCCUGGGUCCAACACGGGGUCCCCAAGGGGGCUUACUGUGCCAAAUAGUGCGUACCCAGGUGAGAGGAAAAAAUCUAGCACACUUGAGGACAUAGAGAAAAACCGUUGUCUAUUUAUGGAACAGCAAGGUGGUAAUGUGAUCGAGCAGGAGAAGAGAAGAAUCGAGGAAUUAAAACGACGCGCGGCUGACGAAGGACGAGCACAGUGGGAAGAGCGUAAACUCAGGGAGGCUAACUGUAAAAGUUUUAACUCAUUGGAGUCCGAGGAUUCGAGCAUAGCCAGCAGCUGUGAAACGCCAUCCGAGAAAGAGACAAGCCUCAGUAGCGGUGAUGAUCAGAUGGAAAAGCUGGUGGAGUUGGAACGACUCCUGGCGCAGGCUCAGAAGGACAAGAUAAAACUUAUUGAGGACAAGGUUAAGAUGAAGGAAGAUGAAAUGGUUGCCCUUCAGGAGGAACGAGGCAAACGUGAGGAGCUUGAGAAAAAGCUCAAAGAGGAGACAAGUCUACGUGAAGAACUGGUUCAGCAGCAAGUAAAAAUGAGGGAGAGGCAGGUUAAACAGGCUCGACCCCUCACUCGUUACCUUCCUGUCAGAGAAAAAGACUUUGACCUCAAACAGCACAUAGAGACCGCAGGACACCACCUGGACAACAGUCCACAGAUCUCUGUCACUCCAACAAGUUGUCGUGGAUUUUUACACAAAAUGGGAAACAAGUUUAAAACGUGGCACAAACGCUGGUUUGUAUUUGACCGUGUGAAAAGAUCACUAAUAUAUUACACAGACAAGACUGAAACCAAGGCUCGUGGUGGAAUUUACUUCCAGGCCAUAGAGGAGGUUUAUGUGGAUCAUUUACGUACAGUAAAAAGUCCGAACCAAAAGCUGACAUUCUGUGUAAAAACGUACGACCGGACUUAUUAUAUGGUGGCUCCGUCAGCCGAAACAAUGCGUAUCUGGAUAGAUGUUAUAUUUACAGGGGCAGAAGGCUAUCAACAGUUCAUGUCAUGAGAAAGCUAGUGUAAGGGAGAUAACUCUUAUAAAGGAGAGCAGGUUGUUUGUGUACGUGUGUUUCCUUGACGGAUGUCUAUUGUUACUGUAAAUUAGAACCUGAUAUGUACAACAUUAUAGUCACAAAUAUGAAUAUGCUCCUUUUUGAUUCUAAAGACAUUUAUAUCUACAAUAUUGUUAAAUUCUGUCCAUAAUUAUCCAAGCCAAAGAGAGAAAUCAAGGGGAAUAACUCCUGUUACAUCUGCUGAACUAAGAAUGCUUUACUAUGUGUGUCCAGAGUGACAUGUCAAUUGUUUUAAACGAAGAAUAUUGAGUUAUUGAGUUAUUUUGAUGAGUUUUUCGUUAUUUUACUUGGUCACACAGAUGAUAAGUGCUGUUUUUGUUCAUUUUUAAACACAAUAUCUAGUAUAAUCCGAUAUUACCUUGUUUAAUUUAGUUAUAUUUCAAAGGUCCAUAUACUCAUUAACUUGACAAGGCUUACUUUGAUUCUUAAAAGAAAUGAAUUAAAUAUAACAGAACUGUGUUUUUAUUCUCAUAUGAUGACCAAAAGAAACAGAUAUCAUUUAUUAUGCUUUUAUGGUUGAAAAUUAUUACACAUGUUUUUGCUUUCAAUGUUGUUAUGAAAUUAUCUGUAUCAGUUAAAAAUCUCUCUGUUAUGUGUUUUCAAUAUCAGCAUUACUUACCUCUAUACACAGGAGCAAGUUACAUCGCCAUAAACAGGGGGGAGUGUUGUCCAUUUAAGUGUUCAGCAAUUAUUUUUGGAACAAAGAAUAUUUUGUGGACAAGUAAAUAAGUUAAAUCAGUUGCUGACUUUUGAAAAAUGUUCAAGAAAUGUAUAGGGACUUUGAAGCAGACUUUGUCUUUAUACACAUCCUAUGGGGUGUACAUUGGUUGUUACAGUCUCACAAAACAUCGAUUACAAAAUAUAUAUUAGUCAUAGACACUUGAUAUUCCACCUUGGGCCACGCUGAGACGAUCAUAUGAUCUCUACCUUUGUUUUAAAUCGUCGCUUUAUAUAAAUAUAUUUGUUUAGAAAUGACCAAUCCUUUUUAAGAGAUAAGUUAGGCUUCCUAACAUAAUUGUUGAAUAUUCUUAAGUUUUAAUUUGUUACCAUGUUUAGAUUUUCAUUUGUCAAAAAAUCAGGAUAAAACAUUAUGGAUUUGUGAACAUGACAUAAUGUAUUGAGGUUACCCUAUUGUGAUAAAACUUCACACUUGAUGGUACAAAAUCACAUUAAUGUACCACAGAAUAUAACACACUAUUGUCAGGGUUUGUCAGAACAUAAACAUACACAUAGAAUUGUAGGGGUCAUAGUUCACUUAGUAGGCAAAGUGAUCAUUUUAUAUUCCCACAUCCAUGGUAACCAGGGUUGCUAUGGGAACGGAAUGGUAAUGGUGAUUUCGCUGCCCUUUGGUUUAUGAAGUACCUGUCCUCUCAUUGGAAUCUUCUAUCUGUUUUCACUAGAAGGUUCUAAUUUUAAUAUUCCUGGGGGAAACAGGUACUGGUAAAAAUUGUGGGACAAAUGCGCUGUUAGUAAAGUACACAUCCAGUGAUAAAUCUACAUUAAUAUUUCUACGGUUAACGUGUGGAUCCCUCCAUGUAAGAUUUUAAUAUUUCCAGAAUUUCUAUGGGUCUCCACAAAAAUUUUGUAAGUUCAUGACCCGGAACUCGCAUAGAUUUCUCACAAAUCAUGAACAAAUUGUAGAUAUAUAUGACAUUGAAAUAAUGUCGAAGGAGUUGCUGCUCCCAAGAAAAAAGUCGGCAUUAAUGAACAUCGAUUUCCUGAUAAAUCAGUUUAAGGUAUACCUAUAUGGAAUAUGUACAAACUAUAGUUUUGCUUUUUUUUUCUGUAUAAAUAUGACUGCCAAAUAUUUAUUUAAGGGAAAAUAUGUGUUACUAUUUAACACUAUAGAUAUACAUAUACUGCUUCUUGUUGUUAUAAUUAUAGGUUCACUGUAUGUGAUAUAUUUAACGUGUUGGGAUGGAUAGUGCCUUAAAUGUGUGUAUGAGUUUGUUAUACACCAGCUGUUUAUUUUAAUCUCUUUAUUUUCACCAGAAACCACUCACAUUUCUCUGACGUUUCUUCAUCAGGAAACUUUUUUCCCCAAUUUUCUACAAACAUGAAUUUGGCAAAUAAGAUCAAUGCUCAUUACGCCAAAUCGUACAUUCAUUAAUUAAACAUCAAAUUCACUAAACAAAUUUCUGGUAGAAAUAAAGAGAUUUACAGAGGUGUUCUUAAUGGACUUUUUGUUUUGAAGUAUAUCACAUAAUGUAUUGAAUCACUUUUCCUGUGGCACUACUUGUGAUUUCCCCAAACAUUAAACACAAUUUUUCCAGACAUUAUUUAAGUGUAAAUUUCAGUUUUCUUUUGAUUAAAAUAAGUAUAAACAGGAUCUGGUCUGUUGUUAUAUAUGUAAUAUAUUGUUGAUUGUUUUAAGUAGAUAACGGAGAUCACUUUUCACUGGAUCUGCUUAUAAGUAGAGAGAGGAAUUUCUGAUUGAUGAAAGAAUGAUCCCUCAAUAUUUUCAGUAAGAAUAUAUUAAGUAUAAACAAAUCUCCUCACAAGUCACUGAUCAACAGAUCAAUAACACAAUAUCUAAUCCAAAGUUUUUUUCACGUCCGUUCGGCCUUUUGGAAAUGACUGGUCGACCAAAUAUAUAUAAUGUUGAAGUAGUUCAUAGUCAGCUUUCAUUUCUCUGACGUUACAAUUUAAAUUUGAAAUUUUGUGCUGGGAGUUUGAAAUGUUAGUGGCUAAGCUAGAGCUGAUUUCCUUUUGUUGUUUCUACCAUACAGUUUUAUAAGUGUUAAACCAAGUCUAGUCCCAGACCCCGAUGUGAGGGAGACAACUCUAGAUAAACACGUGUAUUUAUUCUAAGGGAGACUCCUGUGUUUGAUGUUUAAGUAUGAUGAUUAGAUUAGAAUUUCUUUUUCUAUUUUUCAGAUUUUAAUAUUUUCAGACAAAAUUCUCCCUAUUGUGACAUGUAAUUAUAUGAAAUGUGCUCAUUUAAAUAAUUGACAUCAUAUUUGCUAACAAAAAAUAAAAUUAUUUUAAACGGUA